AUGCUGGCAAGUCAUAUAGAGAGAGUUGAGCAAACGGGAAGAUGUCCCCGAGUUUCUAGUGAAGACAUACUUGAUGAAGAAUUGACCGAAUUAAAUUGGGAAUUUGCUCAAUCUAGUGAAUCGGAUGAUGAAGUUUUGGGAAAUGAAAAUUUCCUAAGUGAUGACGAUGAUGAUGAAGAACUUGCAGAAUCAAGGCAAAAGCAGAGAGACUUUCUGAGAAAUAAAUUUGCUUCAUUGAGAGAAUUGCAUGAACCACAACCAGUGAAUAGCCACCAAGAAGCUCCAGCUGAUGGUAAUCAGACUGAAUAUGAACAGAGUGGCGGUGAAGAUGAGAGUGCUAGCUCCGAGAACGAGCUUGAAGAUGACGAAGUACCUGUCCGUAGAAGGAAAAGUAAGAAUGAAAUUGACAAUGCGAAACUGUUUAAAGAAGCUAUUGUCAAGUACUCCAUUGCUGAACAAAUGAGUGUCGAAUUUAUUAGAAAUACGAAAGAAUUUGUGAGAGCUAAGUGUUCACAACCAAAUUGUUCAUGGAAGAUCUAUGGUGCACUGAAUAGGAAAAGCGGGUCAUUCCAGAUUAGGUCAUUGCAGGAGGAACAUACUUGUUCCAUUAUUUUUGACAAUAAAAGGGUAACAAGUGUAUGGUUGUCGAAGCACUUCUUCAAUACUAUCAAAGCGAUGCCCGAGAUUAAGAGUCCUCAGUUAAAGCAGUUGGUGAAGGAGCAGGUAGGGGUUAAUGUAUCGAGGAAUCAGUGCAAAAGAGCCAAGCAGAAGGUGAUGAGUACACUGAUGGGUCAGUACAAGGAAGAAUAUGGCCAGGUUUGGGAUUAUGCUUGCGAAUGUAUGCUUCAAAACCCAUCCAGUAGAGUAUAUGUAGAAGUUAUUGAGAGGCCAUUGCCUGAUUGUGGGACUAAGUUCAAUAGGUUUUAUGUUUGCUUUGAUGCAUGCAAACGGGGAUUUUUGGUUGGUUGUAGAAAAAUUGUAGGAUUGGAUGGAUGUUUCUUGAAAGGUUUAUGCAAGGGAGAGUUGUUAGCUGUUGUUGGGAGAGAUGCCAAUAACCAAAUGUUUCCAAUAGCUUGGGCUAUUGUCAAAGUAGAGACCAAGGACACUUGGUCCUGGUUUCUAAAAAAUAUAAUGGCUGACCUUGAGAUAACCAAUGGGGAAGCUAAGUUGAUGCCAUAUGCUGAACAUAGAAUGUGUGCAAGGCACAUAUAUGCAAACUGGGCAAAGAAUUAUAAAGGGGAUAAGCUGCAGAAGCAAUUUUGGCAUAUAGCAAAGAGCACAAACAUGGCUGAUUUUAGAAUAGCCAAGCAGGAGUUGUUUCAGUUGUUAAAUGAAGGUUUUGAAGCAUUGUUCAAAACGGAACCUAAGCAUUGGUGCAGGGCCUUCUUCAGCGAAGAGUUCAAGUGCGAUAUCAUUGACAACAACCUCAGCGAAGCUUUUAAUGGUAGAGUACUAUAG